CAGACGCGCAGCUUUACGACCAGAACUAAAAUGAAUUCCUCUCGGUUACGUGGUAUUGCAUGCUUGGGUGCUAUUCAUGCCGCUCAUACCGCUCUUCACGAUCAAAAAAUAAAUGGCUCUGCACUGCUUCCAAUGAAGAUCGGUCCAGAACAGCUAGGCUUCUAAUGUACAAACGUAUCCUUGGCCGCAGUUCCCGUUGCUCUCUCGCAAAUUUCCGUGGAAAUCAUCUUCUUACAGCGUGGUCUGCCCGUUCUGGUCGUUCUGUUUUGGAUCUUCUGGCCGGAACGGGCAAGCGGCAAACGGUACAAGAGCGACGCCGCUCGCUAGGCGCUGCUUUAUCCCCCUUUUCGCCCUUUCCCCCAAGUAUCGUACUCUGUGUAGUUCGCUAUUUGGAUUUCUCCAUUCAAAGUACACACUCUUUUUAAACACACUCUCUUUACAUAAACAUCAAAAUGUUGUUCGGUCGUACACUCGCUGCUGCCCUCCUCGCCGCUGCUGCUCCCGCAGUGCUCGCUGCCGUUUCUCAGCGGACCGGGCUCGUCGACCGCACGACUAGCUGCGCUCAGGGCAUGUUUUUCUGGUCUGUGAAGGAGGUCUGCCUUCCGACCGGUAGCAAGGCUUCCGCAUCUAACCCUCCGUCGGGCAAGUCCUGCCCCAAUGACUACUACUACCACUCCGGCUACUCCUGCUGCGUGCCCGAGCAGCCCAACACCCCCCAGCCGUCCCAAGGCUCGAGCUGCCCCAACAGCUGGCCCUGGUCCCAGGAAGAUCAAUGCUGCAAGCAGCCCCAGCCCAGCCCUUCCGCACCCCAGCCGAGUGGCAAGUACCACGGAAGCGGGCACAACAAGCUCCGCCGUGCUGGGGGCGUGAUGCGUACUAGGGCGGCGAUGGACUGCCCUGCUGGGCUGAAGGCAUGCAGCAUUGGCUUCCAUCUCGGCGAGUUCGAAUGCAUCGACCCCUUCCAAGACCUUACUUCCUGUGGCGGCUGCGUCGCUCCCGGCGAAUCCGGCAAGGACUGCACUGACAUCGCAUCUGCGAAGUCCGUUGGCUGCAACGCCGGCAAGUGCGAAGUCUACGAGUGCCAACCUGGGUUCGAGCCUUCUCUCGAUGGUUCUGCUUGCGUCAAGGCAUGAGUUUGCCCUAGCUACGAUUUUAGUAUCAGGGACAAUGGACUACCGCUUUUAAUUUUCUUUUCAUGGUAUACCCGCCAUGACGGACUAUGUAGCAUCGAUAGAGCAUGAAGUCGAUAGUUGCAAUGGUAUUGUUUUACGCUUCC